AUGAAGAUUUAUUCUAUAAUACUUAUUGGCGCUGCAUUUUUGGUGUUCGCGUUCCCAGCUGGAAAGAGGUAAGAUAUGAAAAAUGGUUUACCGUGAAUUACAGUCCGGCGCAAAAACUUACUUAAGUCAUUUCGUAUUUGACCUGUUCAAGUAAUUUUAUAUGCCGUUAGAAACUUUUGAAAGUUUGGACCGAUUUACUUUUACCGGAUUCUUUUUAAAGAGCAUGUACGUAGAAUACAAGCUCGCGCAUAUUUUCCUUUUUUUAGUAUAAAAAGAGAAGUGAUUUAUUUCUAUAACAGUAUUGAAAUAUAUUUAAGUUUUUAGGUUUAAACUUAUCUGUAGUUUCAAAUAAAGCGUUUAUACACGUUUAUACUUGUUUAAGCGUCGAAUUUAAGGCUCGCCAUAUUGAAAUGAAUAAAAUGCAGUACACCAUUGGGGUCUAAUUUAGCUAUCUUAUUAGUAAGGGCAAAUACAUUCCAGUUUUCCGGAGCCGACUUGGACUAAGGGGCUCAAAGGACUGAGUCCGAAAUUAAGCUGAAAUAGACAUUUCCUAGCGAUGUUUUGGAUCAAAGUGCGCUUAAAAGGCUCUAGAAAAGGUUGAAUCAAAUUGAUGAUUUUUUUUUGUCUACAGAACUAAAUCAGCAUUUAAAGGUUGAAACAGAUCUUUUAUUAAACGCAAAAGCUGACAAAAUGUAAAAUGUUACUUUAAUAAUUUCUUAGUCAAGACUUUGAAGAUGCUCAGCAUAUAGAAGAAGAUAUGGCUGCCCAGCCCCCUUUUAUUUAUCGUCCUUAUCGUCGUCAAGCCAUAAAUAACAGACAAUUUGGUUUUAAUCUUGGUAUCGGCGACAAAGACAAUGGAGUUAAUGUCGGCGUCGAUAAAGACAAGGGUGUCGAUGUUGGCGUUACAGUUGGUGGCAAGAAGAUAGGUAUUGGAGCUGGGAAAACAGGCGCGAAUGUCCAAGUUCCUUUGUAAGUUUCUCGGAUCUUGUUUAAUUGAUAUCUAUGCAAAUGAUUAUCAAUCAAUGGUCUGCCCAACUCUUCUUAUCUGUCAUUCAAAAUAUUCCGCCGUUUCACUGAUUGGGUUAAAUGGCCCCAGCUACUUUUUCACAGCCAGCUGGCCUUCAAAGAUGGGAACAAUGCAUCAUCAAUACGAUUAAUAAAAAAAACUCAGAGAAAAGUGAGGAAUUCGCUAAAGUUAAUUUCAAGUUGUUUAUCUGAGUCUCCAAGGUCUAAAAAAAGGAAAGGUGCGGGGCGUUAUUGGAACUAUGAUUGCUUUUUUACGGGCUUUUUACUGCCUGUGGUACGCCCAGUCAUAAAUUCUUUUACGUCGCUCGUCUCCGUCAAAAAGCAGUGUUAAAUUAUUUGAUUUUGCUUUCGUUACAAGUAUCCUUUAGAAUAAACGACAAAGUUUGCCUUUAAUCGCGAAUUAUCACAGAAACAGGUUGAUUACUUUGAACUCACCACAGUAAGAACUACCUGAUAAGUGGGCUUUUAAGGUAACUACAUUUAAAUAAUGAUAACUGUUUUUCUUUUUAGUUGGAAGUAAAAAAACAAGUCAAGCAAGGCCAGAACAAGCAUAUAGCAUAGUGAAAGUAAAAUAA